CGGCACCGCCCGCCCAGUGCUGCGGGGGGCGGGCGGUGCCGGACGCAGGCGCAGAGCGGCGCGGAGCGGCGGGCGGCAGCGCUGCGGUGUCGGAGGGGUGCCCGGCUGUGAGCCGCCGCCAUGUUGUGCCGCCUCGCGUCGGCGGGCAGAAGCAGUGCUAAGUUGGUAGCGCCAUUGGGAUGCUUGGUCUCCAGACAAAAGCACACUCUCCCAGACUUGCCAUAUGACUAUGGGGCUCUUGAACCUCAUAUUAACGCAGAAAUCAUGCAGUUGCACCAUAACAAACAUCAUGCUACUUACGUUAACAACCUGAAUGUUGCAGAGGAGAAGUACAAAGAGGCACUCGCAAAAGGUGAUGUUACAGCUCAGGUGUCUCUUCAGCCUGCGAUUAAGUUCAAUGGUGGGGGUCAUAUCAAUCACACAAUCUUCUGGACUAACCUUUCUCCUAAUGGAGGAGGAGAGCCUAAAGGAGAAUUGAUGGAAGCCAUCAAGCGUGACUUUGGUUCCUUUGCGAACUUCAAGGAGAAGCUGACAGCUGUAUCAGUUGGCGUCCAGGGAUCAGGCUGGGGGUGGCUUGGGUAUAACAAAGAGCAGGGACGGCUACAGAUUGCAGCCUGUGCAAAUCAAGACCCUCUGCAAGGAACAACAGGUCUUAUUCCUUUGCUAGGAAUUGAUGUAUGGGAACAUGCUUAUUAUCUUCAGUAUAAAAAUGUUCGACCUGAUUAUUUGAAAGCCAUCUGGAACGUGAUCAACUGGGAGAAUGUAUCUUCAAGAUAUGUGUCCUGCAAAAAGUAGAGUGGAAUUCUUGCACAGACUACUAAAAUGGCACCACUUCUACUUUAAUACCGCUUUUGUAGUAGUGUCUGUGGCUUACAAAUGAAUGGCUCUACUGCCGAAAACACUUAGCUCAUCCAGCAAAAACAUUUCAUAAUCAAGCAAAAUGUGUGCUUGUCUAUUUCUGAGAGAGGUGUUUACUUAGAUUUUUGAAGCUUUAAACUUGUGAGACAAAGAGAGAGACUUUAAAUAAUAUUUUCCACUGCAUAUAGAAACAUAACUGACCUUUCUUAAGGUUAGUGAGGUAAUGGAUUUCCUUGUUGCAUUUAAAUAUCUAAGUAGAAACAUGUACUUGAUGUUGCUAUAAACAAAUAAAACUCAAAAGAAGAAUCUUA